AUGUCGGCGACGCUGUACCUGCUCUCCACGCUGGGCGGAUACGUCCUCACCUCGGCGCUUCUCCUCAAGUGUCCGGGGUUGCUCCACCGGCCCAAGCGGCAGCGCUUCCGCUGCCGGCACAUUUCCCACCGCGGCGGUGCUGGAGAGAACCUGGAAAACACGAUGGCAGCCUUUCACCAUGCGGUUAAUAUAGGAACAGACAUGUUGGAGCUAGAUUGUCACCUGACGAAAGAUGAGCAAGUGGUUGUGUCCCAUGAUGAGAACCUGAAGAGAUCAACAGGAGUUGAUGUCAACAUAUCCGACCUCAAAUACUCUGAACUUCCACCAUAUCUGUGCAAGUUGGAUGUGACAUUUCAGAAAGAAUGUCACUGUGAGGGAAAAGAUAACCGUAUUCCACUCCUGAAAGAGGUGUUUGAGGCAUUUCCACAAACUCCUGUCAACAUUGACAUCAAAGUGAACAACAAUGUGUUGAUCAAAAAGGUUUCAGAGCUGGUGAGUCAGUAUAAGCGAGAACAUUUGACAGUAUGGGGGAAUGUCAAUUACGAGGUUGUAUCAAAGUGUCUUAAGGAGAAUGCUGACAUUCCCAUCAUCUUCUGUUUGCAACGUGUCCUCCUGCUUCUUGGCCUGUUCUACACUGGUCUGCUGCCAUUCAUUCCUUUCAAGGAAGAAUUCUUGGAAAUUCCCAUGCCUUCAAUCAUCCUCAAGCUGAAAGAACCACAGAAGAUGACAAGAAGCCAGAAAUUUAUUAUCUGGCUAGCUGACACAUUGCUAAUGCGGAAAGCACUUUUUGACCACCUCACUGCUCGGGGCAUUCAGGUGUAUAUUUGGGUACUGAAUGAAGAACAAGAAUACAAGAGGGCAUUUGAUCUGGGAGCAACUGGAGUGAUGACAGACUAUCCAACAAAACUUAAGGAGUUUUUACACAAUUAUCCAGCAUAAAGGAAGAAAACCAAGGAAGUUCUUGCAGAAUAGAUUGUGAGCCAAGGAUUUUCUUCAUCAAAAAAAAAAAAAAAAUUGAGCAGCAUACACAGAUCAUUUUGUUUGAAAGAUGUAAUGGGAUGAUCUAUUACCUUGUUGUCAAGUUGCUACCUAAUGUAAAGGUUGUCUAUUUAUUUUAAAACUGUAAUUACAUAGUUUACAUUUGUAAAUAUCUCAUUUAGCAACGGCACAUCUCACGAAUAGUGAUGACUAGGAAGAAAGUUGCUGGAUAGGGUACCUGUAGAUACUAAGCGUUAUUUUACCUGUCACAAGUGUUCCUAAGCAGAUGUGAAGCCAUGUCAGUUAUUCCAGUUAUAUUCUAGUGGGCAGAAACUAAAUAAUUUCUGAAAGUGUACCCUGUGUGUAUGCAUUUCUUGUGUUGCUUUUAGUUUUCAGGUAACUUGUAGGGCAAAAAAGAAAAACAACGCACAGGAGAAAUAGAAAGCAGAAUCUGUGGCUAGCCAGAUAGUUUAGCCUGUGAAGCGUAGUCAGUAAAGGUGGUCGCUUUUUUACCAAAAUUAACUCACUUGGUCAGUAUAGAUUUAUUCCGUUAUUCUUACUGAUAAGAAUGUUGAGCUUGAGUUGCAGCUGUAUUUAGACCCCUUUCUGAUGUGAUGGUAAUCCUGUGACUUAUUCAUCCAGGUCUAGAUACAGUAUUUAAGCCAGGUUCUGGGUUUGAUACUGAGUUCCACUGCAAGGGUCUAGGUUUGCCCCUGGUUCUGACCUGCCUGUCAGGCUACCAUGGCAUGGCAGUAGCUAGCUUUCCAGAAAGGAAGAUUGCACUUAUUAUAGAUUACACUUACUUUUGAAAGAGUCUUUUCACAAAGGAAGCCAAUGUUUUAGAAGUCUUUUGCACAUUUGUAGUUCUAACAUCUGUUGGCUUGGUGAAUGGGAAGUUGUUUUUAGGGUGAGGGACCAAAGAAGACUAAGUUUG